AUGACUUGGACGGCGACGGCGACGGCGACGGCGACGACGACGACGACGGGCCCCGCGCGUGGGUUCGCGGCGUCCGCGGAGGCGCUGAUCGCCCCGCACGGGGGUGAACUGGUGAAUUUGGUGCUGGCGGACGAUGGGGCGAAGGCGAAGGCGAUCGCGUCGUGCACGCGCGCGCUGGAGCUGAGCGAUCGAAACGCGUGCGACGUCGAACUCUUAUCCGUCGGGGGGUUCUCUCCGUUGCGAGGAUUCAUGAACGAGGAUGAGUACGAGCACUGCGUUGAGAACAUGCGAUUGAAGGGGUCGAACUUGUUGUUCGGGUUGCCGAUCGUCUUGGACACCGCGUGCGAGGACACGAAGGUCGGCGACAGGGUCUUGUUGAAGUAUCAGGGCAAGGAUGUCGGCGUCUUGACGGUGGAGUCCAAGUGGAAGCCGAACAAGCCGAAGGAGGCGAAGAUGUGCUACGGUACGAGCUCGAUCGAGCAUCCGGGCGUGGCGAUGAUCUCCAUGGAGCGACGCAAGUACUACAUCGGAGGUAAGGUUGAGGGGUUGAACCUUCCGCAGCGGCCGUUUCCGUGCCCGACGCCGUCCGAGGUUCGGGCGACGCUCCCGAAGGGCAAGGACGUGGUGGCGUUCCAGUGCCGUAACCCGGUGCACCGUGCGCACUACGAGCUCUUCACCCGCGCUCUGCACGCGGAUAACGUCGGCAAGGACGCGGUGUGCCUCGUACACCCGACCAUGGGUCCGACGCAAGACGACGACAUCUCGGGCUUGGUUCGAUACAAGACGUACGUCGUCCUCGCGGAAGAGGUGAAGAACCCGCAAAUUCGUUGGGCCUACCUCCCGUACUCGAUGCACAUGGCGGGACCGCGCGAGGCGAUCCAGCACAUGAUCAUCCGUAAGAACUACGGCGUCACGCACUUCAUCAUCGGUCGCGAUAUGGCUGGCUCAAAGUCGUCCCUCGACGGCGAGGACUUCUACGGCGCGUACGACGCGCAAGACAUGGCCAACGCCCACGCGGCCGAGCUCGGCAUGCAGACCGUUCCGAGCCUGAACGUCGUUUACACCGAGGAAGAGGGCUACGUCACCGCGGACGUCGCCAAGGAAAAGGGUCUCGAGGUGAAGAAGCUCAGCGGCACCAAGUUCCGCCAAAUGCUUCGAGGCGGCGACGACAUCCCCGAGUGGUUCGCCUUCAAGUCUGUGGUGAAGGUUCUGCGCGAGAACAUCUAA